GAUGAGGAUAAUUUAGGAAAAAGUUUUAUAAUGCCAUAAGUUGUUCAUGGAAAGUUAUUCUAGAGUCUAAAAAUGUUUUAGCAGUUAAAGUCAGACAUGUGAGUGAUAAAAGAAGAUUUUUUCACAAAUAAAACCAACGGAAGGAGGUUGCAAUGGAGAAUGGGUUGAGCCCUGUUUCUUGUCCUGUGUGUACUCUGUACAUGCGGGAAGGUGUUACAUUACAAAGCCAUCUUGACACUCAUCCCAAGGAUCAAGUUAUUGCUGCACUGGUUAGAAUUUCUGCAGGAGGCAGCAUCAGUGCCAUAGAAAACCAAAGUGAUAAUGAAACUAUGCCAGUUGUCAUACCCGAAAAUGCUCCUUGCAGUCAGGAACCAUUAUCAGGUCCUCAGUGCUUUCCACCGAGCAGCAGUCACUUUACAACAGCCAUAACAUACCAACAGUUCUUGAGUAGCAAUGGCUCUGCCUCAAGUACUGUAAUCCCACAGUAUGUCUCCAUGCCUGCCAUACUGUCAGCACCCAGUACCAGUCAUUCAGCCACAAAUCAAGCCGCUUUUAUGCAAAUGCUGUAUAACCCUUACAUGAUUCAACAGCAGCAGCAACAAUUUCAGUUGCUGAGCUCAGUAACUUCCCCUUCACAGCCACAGUCUUUCAUACGUCAUGUGGUUCCAUCUUAUCCCACACAUCAUGUUUCCCAGUCACAAAUGAAUCUUUCUUCCAAUUCAAUUCCUCUCAGUGCUUCAUAUCAAACCAGUGAUUUUCCUGCAGACUGUGCUCCACAAGGUUUCCAGAAUACAAGUAAUAUAACACCUUCUUCACUUACUCUUCCAGCUUCCUCUUCCAAUUCUUUCCCUCAUUCCACAUUGUCCUGUUCUGUAUCUUCACCAGUAUCAGCAAGAGGUACCAUUCCAACUGGCUAUUUGCUCCCCUCAGUAGGGGAGCAUGCUGCUAAUCAAAUUGAACAAGGUAUUGUAAACAAACCAAGAACACCGCCAUCAGAUCAACACAGAAACGUUUCCAUUUUGAAUGGAAUAGCCCAGUAUUCGAAGCAGCAGCUGGAAGAAGAAACUGCCAUAGAAAAUGUUCCUGAAGAAAAUUUGUUUCCAGAUAGAAACUUAUCUAGUAGUACAGGUGGUGUGAGUGCAGUGUACAAUGGUGUGGCCACACAAACGAGUGACAUGCAGUAUGAAUAUGAGGACCAGAAGAGCCCCUACAUAUCUAAGGAUGAAGAGGCAGCUGUUACUCUAGAUGGUGUAAUUGGCAUGCAGCAAGAACUGCCAAGGAGUGAAUCUGUAAAUGUGAGGGUGAGGAAGGAUCUGAAUGACAUGGCAGUCAGUCCAAUGGUGCAGUCACAUGAUUCUGGGUCUGAAGAGAGUACAGAGAACGAGUAUUCUGAUAUGAGGAAUGAGGAUAUGACACAAAUAUCAGGUAUUAUUAGGAAUGCUCUGAGAAUCCAGCCGCCUCCGAUCAGUGUAGCAGACAGUGAUGAGUACAUCACAUCUGACAGGCAGUACUCUGGGCAGGAUGACCCAAGUGAAGAAGAACCAGCUGUGAAAGAGUUAUCAGAAACAGGUGAAGACAAGUGUGACAAGCCUGAUGAGACAAAUGAGGAAAGUGGCAACAGGUUUCUUGAUCUGGAUUCAUCUGAGGCUGUUAACGUAAUUGAAAUAGAUGGGAUUCGUAUCCUUCUGCCAUCACAGUUCCUGGAAAGUCCACCCUCAUUGUCUGGGGGUAAGAAGCGUCCAGCAGAAAAACCUUCUACUUCCAGACCACUUGGCCUGUCCAAUCCUUCUGAAGAAGAAAUUCAGCCGCCCAAAGAGUCUGAACCAGAAGCAACCCCAGUGCCAAGUUUGAACAUCCAAACAGAUGAAACAAUGCCACCUCGAGGAGAGCUAUCAGAACAGGAGAGUGUUGGGGGCAGUGACAGCUCUGUAUGGGUGCAGGCAUUUCGAGAGAAGGAAGUAUCAACAUCAUAUGACCUGGCAGCUAGAGAGAGUUGGUUGGCUUCAGAUGGCUCAGAUGCAGAUGUAAUUCUGGAGAGUGAGGCCACAGCAUCUGUCAUCAAUAAGCAGGACAAAUCUGGGACAAGCAGCCAGGAGAAGAGGAAAGGACAAGCAGAUAGGGUUUAUAAAUGUGGGACAUGUGGGGAACCAUUCAACUGUCCAAAAGAACGGCGUGUUCAUAGGAGCACAUAUCAUUCUGAUAAGAGUGCAAACAGUGAAGAAGUGUCAGCAAGUGGGGAUAAAGUCAGAAUGGACGUAGUGUCAAGAAAACAAGUUCAUAAGCGGAAGGCAAGAAUUAAGAAAGUGAUAAAGGAAGAAGAAGAUGAUAAGUAUUGUGUGAAGACAGAAAAGCCACAAUUCAUGGAAGUGUUCCUUGAAGAGGAUACAGAGACGAAGAUGGAGGCUGAAGGUGGAUCUGAAGUGGGAGAAGAGCUCUCAGAGAAUGUUUCAGCUGCAGUUGAUAAAAUGGAGGCUGGAGAGGUGCCAAAACCAGAACCUGCAUUAGAUGCAGCUGCCGCCUUUCCUUGUAAUAUGUGUACAGAGGUAUUUACAUCUUCCAAGCUGCGGAGUGAUCAUGAAGUUAAGGUACACAAGAAACCCAAAGACAAGAAGAAUGUAUGUGCCACUUGCAAAGAAGUCUUUACUAAGGAUUGUGAUUACCAAGCACAUCUUCAGACACAUCCUCUUGAAUGUUCUCAGUGUGGAAAAUAUUUCUAUAGGCGUCAGAACCUCGAUUUACACUUAAAACGUCAUCUAGGUAUCAAGCCCCACAAAUGCACCAUAUGUGACAAAGCAUUUGUAACAAAACAGAAGUUGGCGGAACAUACCAACUCUCACACUGGCAAUGCUCCUAUCAAAUGCCCGCUUUGUGAUGAGACAUUCAGGAGGUAUAGCAACCUCAUCCAGCAUAAGCAUCGACAUCACAUGAAUGUCAAGAAGAAGGUGAAGGACUUCAUCUGCCACUGUGGUGAGAUAUUCCACUCAAAGAAGAAGCUGGAGUGGCACAAAGAGAUACAUGAAGAGAAGCCAAAAUGUUGCAGUUAUUGCAGUGAGCGCUUUGUUCAUGCAUCGAGUCUCACAAGACACAUUCGCAAAGCACAUGAUUGCCGUUAUGUGCCAAAGUGUGGGCGUGAAGUGGAGAAUGUGGAGUGCAAAAUGUGUGGAUAUGUAUUCUUGAAAAGUUCACUGCCAGUACACAUGCGCAUGCACAGUGGAGAGCGUCCUUAUUCCUGUCAUGUGUGUGGGAAGGACUUUACUACCAAGUGGAACCUGCAGCUGCACCGGUGGACUCAUGCAGCACGCAGUUCAAAGCCCUUCAAGUGUUCUUUGUGCAAGAGUGCAUUCUUUCGUCGUAAUGAUUACACAGCGCACAUGCAUUCGCAUCGCAACAUCCGGCCAUACACUUGCAAUCACUGUGGUUGCCAGUUCAUCCGCAAGUAUAAUUGUCUGCGUCACGUGAGGGAGCAUGAGGUUGGAAAGUCUUUCAGUUGUAAUGUCUGUGGGAAAUUGUUUCAUCGUAGUUAUUACCUGAAGGAACACUUACGUGUGCACAGUGGGUCUCGUCCAUUUGCCUGCCACAUUUGUGGGAAGGCUUCCAGUACCAAGUCAAACCACAAUAAACAUGUAAAAAUUCACCAUGCUCGAGAGCCAGUCAAUACAGAGGGCUAAGCUAUAAAUUAAAUUCACUUUACUCUAUGCCGUAUUUAUUCAAGUACAGCUGUGCUUGAACACGGUAUAAACCCCUGCUAAAAAGAAAUCAAGACGAAAACUUCUUUAUUAACGCUAAGUUCUCCUGCCUUCAAACCCAUUAUAUUUGUUAUGUGUAGUGUACUGAAUUGUCAUCAUCAUCUUCCCAUUUGUAUGAUGAUGCAUUUCCUGUUUAGAAUGGCCUGAAACAAGAUGAUUUUCACUAUUGAUUUUAAAUUCUGCUUUAGAAUACACCACCAGAAAGGUCCAAGAAAACAAAAAGAGGGAUUGAAAUUGAAUGGGACACAUCACCUUAUUAUGGUUUAUGCUGAUAUGUUAUUAGGUGAAAGCAUAAAUAUCAGAAAGAAAAACAGAAGCAGAUAAAGAGGUUAUUCUAGAAGUAAACAUUGAGAAAACAAAGUAUUUGUUCAUGUCUCUUUACCAGACUACAGGACAAAAUCUGUGUGUAAAGGUAGCUGAUAAAUCAUUAAAAACUGUGGCAGAGUUCAAAUAUUUGGGAACAAAAGCAGCAAAUCAAAAUUGCAUUUAUGAGGAAAUUAAGAGGAUAUUAAAUUUUGGAUUGGUUGCUGCCAUGCAGUUCAGUAUUUUCUGUCAUCCUGUUGGCUAUCUAAAAAUGUAACGGGGAACUCAUCUCCAGUCGUCAGUAAUAUUUAUAUGGAGCAUUUUGAGAAAUUAGCUGUAGACACAACUGACCACAAACCA